GUUCUUUCGAGCCAUUUCUGGGUGCUUUUGGACCGAUUUUUUGAUACUUUCGAGCCAUUUCUGGGUCGUUUCCAGCCAUUUCUGGGUGUUUUUGAGCCAUUUCUGGGUGGUUUCCAGCCACAUCUGGGUGUUUUCGUGCCAUUUCUGGGUGGUUUCGAGCCUUUUUUUUGGUGCCAUUUCUGGGUGGUUUCCAGCCAUAUCUGGGUGUUUUCCAGCCAUUUCUGGGUGGUUUCGAGCCUUUUUUUGGUACUUCUGAGCCAUUUCUGGGUGCUUUUAAGCCAUUUCUGGGUGGUUUUGAGCCAUUUCUUUGGUGCUUUUGAGCCAUUUCUGGGUCAUUUCCAGUCAUUUCUGGGUGCUUUCGUACUGGUUUUUUGGUGCUUUCGAGCCAAUUCUGGGUGUUUUCCAGCCAUUUCUGGGUCGUUUCCAGCCAUUUCUGGGUGUUUUCGCACCAUUUCUGUGUGUUUUCGUGCCAUUUUUGUGUCGUUUCCCCAACCAGGUGAUCCCUGACCCCCCUUUUUUUCCCCCCAUCCCUCCCCAGGACCCCCCCGGCCAUGGCGAGCAACGUGACGAACAAGACGGACCCGCGGUCGCUGAACUCGCGCGUGUUCAUCGGGAACCUGAACACGCUGGUGGUGAAGAAGAGCGACGUGGAGGCCAUCUUCGCCAAGUACGGCAAGAUCGUGGGCUGCUCCGUGCACAAGGGCUUCGCCUUCGUGCAGUACGUCAACGAGCGCAACGCCCGCGCCGCCGUGGCCGGCGAGGACGGCCGCAUGAUCGCCGGACAGGUGCUCGACAUCAACCUGGCGGCCGAGCCGAAGGUGAACCGGGGCAAGGCGGGGGUGAAGCGCUCGGCGGCCGAGAUGUACGGGUCAGUACCCGCCCCCCCGUCACCGUCCCCCCUCGUCAGAUCAUCGUUCGAUCUCGACUACGAUUUCCAGCGGGACUACUAUGACCGGAUGUACAGCUACCCCGCGCGGGUGCCGCCCCCUCCCCCCAUCGCGCGCGCCGUGGUGCCCUCCAAGCGCCAGAGGGUGUCCGGGAACACCUCCCGGCGCGGCAAGAGCUUCAACUCCAAGUCGGGCCAGAGGGGCUCCUCCUCCAAGAGCGGCAAGCUGAAGGGGGACGACCUGCAGAGCAUCAAGAAGGAGCUGGGGCAGAUCAAGGCCAAGGUGGACGCGCUGCUGGAGAGCCUCGAGCGGCUGGAGCGGGAGCAGAGUGAGCGUCGCGCCCUUUUUGGGGCAAAACCAGCGAGCGACAAGGCGGAGGAGGAGCAGGGCGGCAGCGGCUCCAAGAAGGACGAGGCCGGCGGGGCCAAGGCCGAGGGGGGCAACGAGGACUCUGCCGAGGAGGGGGACCUGCUGGACGACGAGGAGGCCGAGGAGAGGGGGGACGAGCAGCUGGAGUCCAUCAAGGGGGACGAGAAGGAGGCGGAGGAGGGGGAGGACGACCGGGACAGCGCCAACGGCGAGGACGACCCCUGAGA